AUGUCAGCAGGAAGUCAGGUGUCAGCAGGAAGUCAGAUGUCAGCAGGUAGUCAGAUGUCAGCAGGUAGUCAGAUGUCAGCAGGUAGUCAGAUGUCAGCAGGUAGUCAGAUGUCAGCAGGUAGUCAGAUGUCAGCAGGAAGUCAGAUAUCAGCAGGAAGUCAGAUGUUAGCAGGAACUCAGAUGUCAGCAGGAAGUCAGAUGUCAGCAGGAAGUCAGAUGUCAGCAGGAAGUCAGCUGUCAGCAGGUAGUCAGAUGUCAGCAGGAAGUCAGAUAUCAGCAGGAAGUCAGAUAUCAGCAGGUAGUCAGAUGUUAGCAGGAAGUCAGAUAUCAGCAGGAAGUCAGAUGUCAGCAGGUAGUCAGAUGUCAGCAGGAAGUCAGAUGUCAGCAGGAAGUCAGAUGUCAGCAGGUAGUCAGAUGUCAGCAGGAAGUCAGAUAUCAGCAGGAAGUCAGAUAUCAGCAGGUAGUCAGAUGUUAGCAGGAAGUCAGAUAUCAGCAGGAAGUCAGAUAUCAGCAGGUAGUCAGAUAUCAGCAGGAAGUCAGAUAUCAGCAGGUAGUCAGAUAUCAGCAGGUAGUCAGAUAUCAGCAGGAAGUCAGAUAUCAGCAGCUACCCACUGGCGACCUACCCACUGUGGAGCUACCCACUGUGGAGCUACCCACUGUGGAGCUACCCACUGUGGAGCUACCCACUGGCGACCUACCCACUGUGGAGCUACCCACUGGGGAGCUACCCACUGGGGACCUAGCCACUGGGGACCUAGCCACUGGGGACCUAGCCACUGGGGACCUUGCCACUGGGGACCUAGCCACUGGGGACCUAGCCACUGGGGACCUACCCACUGGGGACCUAGCCACUGGGGACCUACCCACUGGGGACCUAGCCACUGGGGACCUUGCCACUGGGGACCUAGCCACUGGGGACCUAGCCACUGGGGACCUAGCCACUGGGGAGCUACCCACUGGGGAGCUACCCACUGGGGACCUAGCCACUGGGACCUAGCCACUGGGGACCUACCAACUGGAGACCUAGCCACUGGGGAGCUACCCACUGGGGAGCUACCCACUGGGGAGCUACCCACUGGGGAGCUACCCACUGGGGACCUACCCACUGGGGAGCUACCCACUGGGGACCUACCCACUGGGGACCUACCCACUGGGGACCUAGCCACUGGGGAGCUAGCCACUGGGGAGCUACCCACUGGGGACCUAGCCACUGGGGAGCUAGCCACUGGGGAGCUAGCCACUGGGGACCUACCCACUGGGGACCUAGCCACUGGGGAGCUAGCCACUGGGGAGCUACCCACUGGGGACCUACCCACUGGGGAGCUAGCCACUGGGGACCUAGCCACUGGGGAGCUAGCCACUGGGGACCUAGCCACUGGGGAGCUAGCCACUGGGGACCUAGCCACUGGGGAGCUAGCCACUGGGGACCUAGCCACUGGGGAGCUACCCACUGGGGACCUAGCCACUGGGGAGCUAGCCACUGGGGACCUACCCACUGGGGAGCUAGCCACUGGGGACCUAGCCACUGGGGAGCUAGCCACUGGGGAGCUAGCCACUGGGGACCUAGCCACUGGGGAGCUACCCACUGGGGACCUAGCCACUGGGGACCUACCCACUGGGGACUUACCCACUGGGGACCUAGCCACUGGAGACCUACCCACUGGGGACUUACCCACUGGGGACCUACCCACUGGGGACCUACCCACUGGGGACCUAGCCACUGGGGACCUAGCCACUGGGGAGCUAGCCACUGGGGACCUAGCCACUGGGGACCUACCCACUGGGGAGCUACCCACUGGGGAGCUACCCACUGGGGACCUAGCCACUGGGGAGCUAGCCACUGGGGACCUACCCACUGGGGAGCUAGCCACUGGGGACCUACCCACUGGGGACCUACCCACUGGGGAGCUACCCACUGGGGACCUACCCACCGGGGACCUACCCACUGGGGACCUACCCACUGGGGACCUACCCACUGGGGAGCUACCCACUGGGGACCUACCCACCGGGGACCUACCCACUGGGGACCUACCCACUGGGGACCUACCCACUGGGGACCUACCCACUGGGGACCUACCCACUGGGGACCUACCCACUGGGGAUAUA